AUGCGCGACAACUCUGAGAAAGAGAACGCUGUCGCAUCGGCACUAGCAUCGGCAGCGCCCGGCGACAGUCAUUCCGCGAACCCAGUCCAGGAAGAAGUGGAUAUCGACGAUGCCUCUCAAUCGCAGUCACGCAGCUCGAAUGUUCCGGCGGGGUUUGACGAGAAACAUUCCCCGGAAGAAGGUUUGCCGCCGCUACGACGCCAGUCAACGGACCUCGGCGCUCCUGUGGAGGUGCCGCGACUCCAGCGGAGAGGGUUGUUUGGGCAGUUGACAUUGCUGGCGGAGAUCGAAAAUUCCAAGACCUAUUCCCGGAGAAAGAAGUGGUUUAUCACCUUCAUCGUCGCCGUGGCUGGGGCAACAGCGCCAAUGGGGAGCUCGAUUUUCUUCCCUUCCCUCUCCCAGGUAGCCCGGGAAUUGGACACGACCCCGACCAUCACUAACCUGUCUAUCGCCUUGUACAUGCUUAGCAUGUCCCUCUUCCCACUAUGGUGGUCGUCGUUCAGCGAGCGACUCGGACGACGAACAAUAUAUUUGGUUUCAUUUGUCCUCUUUGUGAUCUUCAACUGCCUUUGUGCCAUUUCCAGUUCCAUCGCCAUGUUGAUCGUGAUGCGCAUGCUAAGUGGUGGUGCUUCUGCUUCAGUGCAAGCCGUCGGCGCUGGAACCAUUGCUGACCUCUGGGAAACUCGAGAACGAGGACGAGCCAUGAGCAUCUUUUAUCUGGGUCCACUAUGCGGGCCGCUAUUGGCACCUAUUAUCGGCGGUGUCCUGGCCCAACGUUGGGGCUGGCGGAGUACGUUAUGGUUCCUCGCAGCAUACGGUGCGGUCACUGUCAUAUUUAUUCUUUUCGCUCUUCCGGAGACGUUGGCAGUACAGAAACCUGCGGCUCCAGAGGUCGCAGAUGACGAGGACGCCCCCGUGGAUCGUUCGCUCAGUCGGGUAUCGUCCCGCCAGGUUGUUCGAUCGACCACGAAGUGGCUCAAGUUGCUGAAGAUGAUCUUCAUUGAUCCGUUGAAGAUUGUGCUUUACUUGCGAUUCAUUCCGGUAUUGCUGAGCGUAUAUUAUGCGAGUAUCGCCUUCGGUUCACUGUAUGUUUUGAACGUCAGCGUGGAGCAUACCUUUGGAAAGCCACCGUAUGGCUUCUCCACGAUCAUCGUUGGCUUGCUUUACAUUCCCAACUCGUUGGGCUACUUGGUAGCCAGUGUCUUUGGCGGGCGGUGGUCGGACAAGAUCAUGCAACGGGAGGCAAAGAAAGCGAACCGAUACGAUGAGAACGGCAAGCUGGUCUAUCGCCCAGAGGAUCGCAUGCGCGAAAAUGCCUGGCUCGGUGCUUUUCUCUAUCCCGCUGCCCUCAUCUGGUACGGGUGGACAGCCGAAAAGGGGGUGUUCUGGCUUGUACCGAUGAUUGCGAACUUCUUCUUUGGUAUUGGCUCCAUGCUCAUUUUCAGCCUGGUCACCACCAUGUUGACGGAAUUCAUGCCGAAAAAGUCUUCAGAGGGCGUGGCGCUGAACAACUUCAUGCGGAACAUUUUCUCUUGCGUGGGCUCUCUCGUCACAGCACCAAUCAUUAAUGCCAUUGGGAAUGGAUGGCUUUUCACUAUUUUGGGCCUGGUCAGCUUCGCAAGCUGCUCUGUUCUUCUCGCGAUGCGAGUCUUUGGUCCUCGCUGGCGCAAAAAGAUGGAUGACCAGAUGCGGUGA